CCCAGGCUAGGCGAAAAGGCGUCAAAAAGUUUGCGAAUUCUCGUGUGUCCGGCUGACGGUGGGUGCCGUAUUGUUGCGUUGCCGCGGAUUGUCGCGUCUCGCGCGUCUGUGCGUACGUGCGUGACACGUACGAGGCGUGUACUUUUCCCGGGGUGCGUUGUAAUUGCAUGUAAAAGAAUUGUGAUCCUCAGAUCUUAAUAUGCUCGAAGGAUCGGCCAACUUUUGGAAAAAGAGGUGCUCCGCCUGAAGAGAGUACUCGGAGCUGCGCGCAUGCUUCCGUGCCUGCUCCCUCGCCAUUUUGGAGAUAGAAUGUUAAAUUUUGGAAUGGACUGACAGAGGAUUAAGUAAGAUUAACAAAUUUAGGAUAGAAGAUUAAAAGACAAGAAGACGUCUAACGGUGUCUGAAAUAGGCCUCGGCCAUUUAAUCAUUAAUACCUCUACUAUGCCAGCUGUUCCAAGGCCUGGUAGCCUUAAGGACCCAGAGAUUGCUGAAUUAUUUGAGAAAAAUGAUCCGGAGAAAAUAUUUGAGGACUUACGUGAAAUCGGUCAUGGCAGUUUUGGGGCUGUUUAUUAUGCACGAUGUUUGGUUACCAAAGAAAUUGUUGCCAUCAAAAAGAUGUCUUAUUUGGGAAAACAAACUGUUGAAAAGUGGCAAGAUAUCUUGAAAGAAAUUAGAUUUCUUAGGCAACUGAACCAUCCUAACACAAUAAAGUAUAAGGGCUGUUAUCUCAGGGACCAUACUGCCUGGUUGGUGAUGGAAUAUUGCCUUGGUUCUGCAUCUGACAUUAUUGAAGUUCAUAAAAGACCAUUGAAAGAAGAUGAAAUAGCUGCAAUUUGUGAUGGUGUGCUACGUGGUUUAUAUUAUCUUCAUUCCCUUGGAAGAAUUCAUAGAGAUGUAAAAGCUGGAAAUAUUUUACUUACUGAAAAUGGAACAGUGAAAUUGGCAGACUUUGGAUCAGCAAGUAUAAAGUGUCCAGCAAAUAGUUUUGUAGGAACUCCUUAUUGGAUGGCACCAGAAGUGAUAUUAGCUAUGGAUGAAGGGCAAUAUGAUGGAAAAGUGGAUGUAUGGUCCUUAGGGAUAACAUGUAUUGAAUUAGCGGAACGGAAACCACCGUAUUUCAACAUGAAUGCUAUGAGUGCUUUGUAUCAUAUUGCUCAGAAUGACACACCAACUUUAAAUUCUGCAGAUUGGUCAGAUGUUUUUCGACAUUUUGUCGAAGUGUGUCUUACUAAAAGUCCAACUGAAAGGCCAACCUCUGGUAAACUGUUAUCACAUCAAUUUGUCACCAGAACACGUUCUCCACAAGUUCUGAUAGAUUUAAUCCAACGAACAAAAGCUGCUGUCAGAGAACUGGAUAAUUUAAAUUAUCGAAAGAUGAAGAAAAUUUUAAUGGUCGACGCUUGCGAGACUGAAAGUACAGUUGGCGAUGCUGAUGACACUCCUGAUGAACAAACAGGUGGUGAUAGUAGCAAAAGUAAUUCAAUUACUUCGGAGCACUCAAUUCAUUCGAUGGGUGUUUCUGCAAGCUCUCAAAGUUCCUCCACCAAUAGCCUGCCACUGCCAAAUGCUGAUGCAAAUGAUUAUUCCACGGGAUCUGUACGGAAUCGACACAAAAUACCAGCAGGUGGUGUCACUGCCAAUCUUCUUGAACAUGGUGCCAAUAACUUCGCAACAAUUAGGACAACAUCGAUUGUGACUAAACAACAAAAAGAACAUAUGCAAGAAGAAAUGCAUGAACAAAUGAGUGGGUAUAAGAGAAUGAGACGGGAACAUCAAGGAGCUUUGGUAAAAUUGGAAGAACGAUGUAAAAUGGAGAUGGAGUCCCACAAACAGUUAUUAGACAAAGAAUACGAAACUCUUCUACAACAGUUUAGUAAAGAAUUAGAAAAGCUUCAAUUAAGGCAUUUGCAAGAACUAGAACGUAAAUUGAAACAAAACCAAAAUGCAGAGAAGAAGCUUCAUAAAGAGAUUACAAGUAGACAAGAGGCUGAUCGGAAAGCAUUGGAAGCACAGCAAAAGAAAGAGUACAAAGCUUAUAAAGAGAGAUGGAAAAAAGAAUUAUCCCAAGAUGAAGUUACGCCGAAACGACAACGAGAUGCUACGCUUCAAAGCCAAAAAGAUAAUUUCCGACAAAUGGAAGCGCAAGAAGAACAACGACUUGCAAGAGGACAAAGAGAAUACCUUGAUCUUGAAAUUCGUAAAUUCCGUAGAAAAAAGUUACUCAUUUUUCAUAGUUUAGAGCAAGAACUACUGCGAGAAGAAUUAAAUAAGAGACAACAACAGUUGGAACAAGCGCAUAAUAUGUUGUUACGACAUCAUGAAAAGACACAAGAGCUGGAAUAUAGACAACAAAGAGCCGUUCAUGCUCUUCGAGAAGAUCAAGUUCUUCGGCAACAUGCUACUGAGCUUUCAAAUCAACAAGAUUACAUGCAAAGAGCAGAGCGUGACUUGCGCAAGAAACACGCGCUAGAACUCAAACAGCAACCGAAGAGCCUCAAACAAAAAGAAAUGCAGAUUCGAAAACAGUUUAGGGAGACGUGUAAAAUACAAACGCGGCAAUAUAAGGCAUUGAAGGCUCAAAUAUUACAAACAACAGCUAAAGAAGAACAAAAAGCCGUUAUUAAAAAGUUAAAAGAAGAACAGAGAAGAAAAUUAGCUCUGCUAGGUGACCAAUAUGAACAAAGUAUUGCCGAAAUGCUCCAAAAACAAAGCAUACGUUUAGAUGAGUCGCAAGAAGUUGAAUGUCAUAACCUUAAGGAAAGGUUAAAUUAUGAAUUAGAAAUACUAAUGGCAUACCAAUCUAAAAAUAAAAUGCAAGCUGAAGCGCAAAGAAAUAGGGAGCGUCGUGAAUUAGAAGAACGAGUCUCAGUUAGGCGAGCUUUACUUGAACAGAAAAUGGAACUUGAAACUCAGGAAUUUCUUCGUGAACGCAGUGAACGGAUACGUUUACUACAUGAAAGACAGGAACGCGAGUUACAACAAUUUGAUGAGGAAAGUGCAAGAAUAGGCUUCAGAUUAACACACAUUCUUCAAAUGAUGACGGGAGUAGAGGAUACAACAUGCUCAUUACCUGAAAUAAACAGUUCAGAUUGAUCAAACUUAAUGUAUUAAGUAGAUAAGAAAAAUAUUUAAUAAAUGUAGGCAUUUUCUAAUUCUUUCAUUCUUUUUUUUUAUAGUAAAUAGUUGUAAAAAUACUAACCUG